CAACAGAAGGUAUAUGUGUGGUUGAGGUUGUAAAGCAGAUUGUCACUGUCUGCCUUGCAGUGACAUUUUGGCUGACCGCAAUAUUCGGUUGACAAUGGUCCUAUUCGCCUCGGUCUCCCAUUGGCUGAGGGAGUGCUACGUGUACAAUAGUGAGCAGCAACAGGUACCUCUCUAGCACGUGACAGUGAUCUCUCAUCCCUGAGAGUGGCACGAGCAUCGCGUGUCUAUCCGCCAGAAUAACGUUUGAUAUUUUUUUAUCACCGGUCUCCUUGUGGUAUAGUCAUGGUUUGAUUGAUUGACGGCUAGAUGGUGGACGUGCGUUGUUCCUGAAAACCAGGAGGUUGUUUGGGAGGAACUGUCAAGAGAGGUCGGUGCCACUCAUCCUCGUCGUCUCUCAGGCCCGGUUGGACCUGGGUGAGCUCAUCACUGUCGCGGCGGACCAGGUCAGAGGCAGGGGAAUGAAGUCCAAAGGUAAGGCUCUGAAGUCGUCCAUGAGGCCGUGGUCCGACGCCAGCCCGGCCCCGGCACUGGAGGACCCGGAGGACACCGAGGUGGAGGAGGAGGAGGAGGCCGGCACGUCCAGCGAGCAGGAGGAGGGUGACUCCGAGGCCUCGGCGCCCGCCGGCGGCUCGUGGCGGGGCUCCCUGCGGAGCAAGGGCCGACGCAACGGGGCCGCCGGCGGCGAGGGACGGGGGGGCGGCGGGGGCCGCCGACAGCGCCAGCGGGGGGCGCCCUCCACGGAGCGCAACGUCCGCCGGCUGGAGAGCAACGAGCGGGAGCGGCAGCGCAUGCACAAGCUGAACAACGCCUUCCAGGCGCUGCGCGAGUCCAUCCCCCACAUCAAGACGGAGAAGAAGCUGUCCAAGAUCGAGACGCUGACGCUGGCCAAGAACUACAUCAAGUCGCUCACCACCAUCAUCCUGGGGAUGACCGGGGCCUGCCUGCCCGAUGGACAGGCGCAGGCGGAGGAGGCCAAGCUGCUGCAGUGCUACCAGAGGCACCUGGAGGAGGAAGGGGAGGAGGGCCUCACCCAGUUCCUCACCCACACGCAUAGCUUCAGCCAGGGCAGCUAACACAGAGCUAACACAGAGCUAACGGCGCUAGCAGGGCUAGCCGAGGACCCGGGUGCCCCCCGGGCAGUGGGGAGUCAGUCCCUGUUUCGUUCAGAACCGCAGCCACAAAAGGGUCAUGGGUUCUGAGCAAAACGUUUGUAUGUGACAGGGGAUGCAUCCAGUUAUGAACCGAGCCCCUGGUGGAUGAAAGAGGACAUCCGUGAGGGCUUGUACCCCGAUACUGUGAAUAUUAAACUGGGCGCUUUCGUUCUCAGGUGUCCUGGGGGAAUGGGUGUUCUUUGGAGAUAAAGGGUAAUCAUUCCUUCAGAUAUACCUUGAGACAUCAAACCUUCAUUUCCCUCUAUUUAUUAUACAUUAGAGACGAAUGCAAAGACAGAGAAACUUUUACAGAUAUUCGUACCAGUUGUAUCUAUUUUAUUGUGCUGAGUGCCUAACGCAUGGGACUGCUAUGGUUCUGUUCAUUGUUCUGUCCGUUUCUAAUGUGUUGUGGUUGAAGCAGAGACUGAGAGACGGCUGCUGUUCGGCUCAGUGACUUUCUCUCGUGUUAUCAGUGAGAACUACCUGCCAAUCGUAGCCUCAGGUGCCAACUGCCAGAGUCACCUGGGACAACAGGCAGUUCCCAGAGACAAAUAUUGCAAUGUUUAAAGUAGGUUGAAAAUCUAGUUUGAGAUAUUUACAUUUGAGAAUUUGUUACUUUGAAUUUAAAUAACUUUGGCCAAAUAGGUGUUUGGAUUUAGUGUAGUUAAAGUUGUCCUUCUUCGAAAACAUAGCAAGUCCAAUUUGAGGUGCCAAUUUUGAGUGGACAAUUACUUCUGUGAUGUUGAAAUUGUAUUCCCCCCCCCCCAAAAAAAAACGAAACUAAUGAAUUACAAUGAAGUACCUUGAAAACCAAAGGAUUUUGAGAAUGUUUUUUUUUUUAUCAAUAAACACGUUUAUUUAUUGACAAAGAGCUAGUUAUUCACCAUGCACAGCAGAGAAAUGGAGAAUGCACUUGCCAAAGAGUAGCAUGUCGGUCGUUUCAGCUGAGCUAUCGGUUAACCGACAAUGUACUGUAGUUACCUUAUCAACGACACGCUAAUCAUGUCUGGCCAUAUUGUCCUAAUUUAUUCACAGAUAGCCUAUUUUCUUUACAUAAACUAACGCUUUUAGUGAUACAAGUGGUUGUAAUGUCUGUCUAAAAGUGAUUUUUGAAUAUUCCUCUCAUUUUCAUACUCCUGAAAAAUAUACAUAAUUCCAUCGGGACGUAUCAGCAGGACGUUAUGACAUGAUAAUCAACACCAAUAUUAUACAGAUAAGGGAAAAAGACUUGCGUCCUUCUCAGUCAUUCCACUCUUGCUUUUAUUUCAUUUUUUUCUUAAAGCAAGCGUGGAAUUACGUUUUUCUUUCAUGCAUUACAUCACUAUUUUUUUCCUGAGAAAAGGGAUGUACCACGAGAUCAACACUCCCGUCUUAAGAAAUAAAACAACUAUCCACCCCCUGUGAUCCCUCCCACUCCAUGGCAGAAGGGUCCAUUGUAUCUCAUUGAUGGAGGACGACUGCACAUUUCCUGACACAUUUGAACUGAAAUGUGACCAAUAGGUGAUCUGCAGCAGGAAGGUGGUCAGGGGAAACAUAGCAUACAAGCUUUGUCGAACAUGAGGUCAGGGGGACCCUAGAAAUGUAGCAUUAUCUCAUCCAUUCAGUGGGGUUAAACAACAUUGUUGUGAUGUAAAGCAACUUCUUCAGUGUGUGUAAUAUAACAGCUGCUAUUACGGGCAGUUUAGACUCCAAAGUCCCUAUUAAAGUUAAUUGUUCACAUAUACAUUCAAGCUUCCGCUCCAUAAAACUUUCCCCUAUUCCCUAGGCAGCCUCGUUCUCAAUAACAACAAACACAUAAAUAAACGUAUUAAAUAUACAUUAAGACUGGUUAGUUCGACAACAAUGCAACUUUUGGCUUAUGAUAGUGGUCAAAAGGUCCCUAGAAAGAUUUACAACUCAAAUAAAAAAAUACCAAAAAUAAGAACUGGGAUUAUAAGCGGGUUACAACCACUUAAUAACGGGGAAACUUUCCAGCACAUAAUCUUGAGUUAAAUCCCAAGUGUAUAAAGUACAUUGCAUCUUCGCUGACCAUGUAGGUCAUUCCCUCUCUUUCAACCAUCUUUCCCCAACCGUGAGAUUUGAAGUAGUAGCUUAAACAGUUUUGAGUUGGGGAAGGAACAGCUGAGAAUAAUAAACUACAGCCAACUAUUUGCACUGUGGAAUGUUUUAAAGCAUAACCCUACGUUGUUGAACAACAUCCAUGGAGACGGGGGUAUUGGCAGCGCUCCUGUCCGGUUUCUCGCGUCCUUUGCUUGGCUAGCAUCCCCCAGCGCUGCCAUUGGCUCCCUCUGGGUCGUGGGCGGGGUGUGGAAUGCCACGAGCGGGCACUGA